AUGGCGGGAGUUGACUUUUCCAAAGUGUACUCUGCUACCUACAGCAGUGUACCGGUAUACGAGCUGAAACUUGAUGGAGAAAGCGUGAUGCGCAGACGGUCGGACGACUGGAUAAAUGCAACCCAUAUUCUCAAAGUCGCCGGUUUCGACAAGCCAGCGAGAACGAGGAUUCUCGAGCGGGAGGUACAAAAGGGUGUCCAUGAGAAGGUGCAAGGUGGAUAUGGCAAAUAUCAAGGAACGUGGAUACCUCUCCCUGAAGGCCGACUUCUCGCUGAGCGCAACAAUAUUAUCGACAAAUUGAGGCCGAUUUUUGACUAUGUUGCCGGAGAUCGUAGCCCUCCACCAGCACCGAAACACACAAACGCCGCAUCGAAACCAAGGGCGCCGAAGAACACAGCCAACCGGAGAACUGUGAACGAGGAGGUCUUUAGUGCUAUCAAACCAGCCCGGAAUAUGGCGCCACCUCCCUUUACCCACGAACAAUACGAGAUGAGCGCCGGCUUUGACGACAACGAGUCCAUCGAGCAAGCAACACUUGAGUCAUCGUCAAUGAUAGCGGAUGAGGAGAUGAUGACAAUGUCACAGAACGGUAACUUCUCUCGCAAGCGCAAGCGUGGAAUCAACGAGGCGCCUGUGAUGUCCAUCAGCGAACAAGAACACAUACUCUAUGGGGACCAGCUCUUGGACUACUUCAUGACAGUAGGCGAUGCGCCCGAGGCUACACGUGUACCACCUCCACAGCCACCAUCCAACUUCCAGGUAGAUCGCCCAAUUGACGACUCUGGUAACACGGCCCUUCACUGGGCCUGUGCUAUGGGAGAUAUAGAGAUUGUGAAAGAUCUUCUACGGAGAGGAGCAGAUAUGAAGGCAUUAUCGGUACACGAAGAAACCCCGCUUGUGCGAGCCGUUUUGUUUACAAAUAACUACGAGAAGAGAACUUUCCCUCCGCUUCUCGAUUUACUUUGGGAUACAGUCUCAUUCAGAGACUGGUUUGGUGCUACCAUAUUUCAUCAUAUAGCAGAGACUACGCGGAGCAAGGGAAAAUGGAAAAGCUCACGGUACUAUUGUGAUGUGUUGCUAGACAAGCUGCGCCUCAUGUGCUCGGUGGAAGAAGUCGAUCUGUUGUUGUCCUUCCAGGACUCUAAUGGAGACACAGCGGCCUUGGUCGCUGCUCGGAAUGGCGCAUUCCGCUUGGUGGACUUGCUUCUUGCACGGUGUCCACGGGCUGGCGACUUAGUGAACAAGAAGGGCGAGACGGCUGCAAGCAUUACUCGACGAGCGCAUCCGUCCGAACGCGACAUUCCUCCCCCGCCAUCAUCUAUCACGAUGGGCAAUGACCAGUUGGACGGUGAAGCGCCAGGACCGAUGAAUGUUGACACCCAGGCCGCCACUCUUGCCCAAGAGUCAUCAUCUCCCGCCACCACCGCGUUGCUGACCAAAAUCGGUGUGAUAAUGGCUGAAGCAAAUAAGAAACUUACCGUAAGCUACGGAAGCUCAAAAGCGAAUGGGCAGGACUCUGACGACGUUGCGAACCCGGAAACACUGUACGAGCAACUAGAGGUGGAUCGACAGAAGGUGCAGAAAGAAACAGCUGUCUUACAAGCGCAGGAGGCUGGUGAGCAACCAAUCGAUGCGCAGCUUGAACGCUACGAGCAGUUGCGAAGUGGCUAUGAGUCACUGCUAGAGCAGAUUCAGCAGGGUCGCCUAAGAGAGCGCAUAUCAUCGGUAGUAGUGCCUGCAGCACAGGAGGGUACGACGCCACCCGCCACAGACCACGAUAAACUGCUGCGCACCUACCAGCUGGCUCGACAACUGUGUUCGGCACAGAAAGCUCGGCGCGCUGCUGUCAAAGACCUUGCUCAGCAGACGGCUGACGCGGGAGUAAGCACCAAGUUCGAUGUCCAUCGGAAGUUGGUGGCACUCGCCACUGGUCUCAAGGAGGAAGACCUCGAUCCCAUGGCUGCUGAGCUAGCCGAAACAUUAGAAUUUGACCGUACGAAUGGGAAGGGCGACGCGGCGGAGUCGCCAGAUCCUGAGCCCCGAGAAUCCGCAUCCUUUCCUUUCCCCGGGACGACCGUGUCUGUUGAUGCAUGA